CGCUAAAAUAGAAAAUUGAUUCUUUUUUCAUUUCGUUCAUUAAAACAGAAACGUUCUUAUAUCUUUUACAACUAUGAUAAUUGGAACAUUAUGUGAUUAUAUUGUAAUAAAUAAUCGUCCAUUAUUUUUAUUUUUAACAUAUAUAAAUAAAUUAGAAUUUAAAUUAUAUCAAACAUCAUUAAUAUUUUAUCGUUUAAGUGGAUAUAUUCAAACAUUAUUUGUAUCUUUAUCAUAUAAUCAUUUAAUAUUUGCUUCAAUUGAACGAUAUUAUUUAAGUUUAAAAAAUAAUUAUAGACAACGUCGAAAUUUAGUUAAAAAUGCUAUUAAACGUACUUUAAUUACAUUUUGUCUAUGA